AUGGCCGAGCACCAGGAUCACCACUAUGCAGAGGACUACCCGCUCCAGCCGCUGGUGGACGACUGCCGCCUGCUGGGCAGCCUGCUAGACGACUGCCUGCGCAUCGAGGUCGGCGAUGAGCUCUUCCACAAGAUUGAGCGCAUCCGCACGCUGUCCGAUUGCGCCCAGCAGCUGAACUCGGCGCACGACAAGGAGGCGGGGCGGUUCCUGGGGCAGGCGCGCCGCCGCCGCCGUUUGCAGCCAGCCGCCGCCGCUCGCGCCGCCGCCCGUGCGUGCCGCUGGCCGGCUGCGGGGGGCUGCACUGCCAGGAAGAUGGCUGAGGAGCUGUUUGCGCUGCCGCUGGAUGAGGCCAUGCCCAUCCUGCGCGCAUACGGCCACUACCUCAACCUGACCAGCAUCGCGGAGCAGCACCACAGCGUGCGCACGUCGCGCAUGGACGGUGUGCCCAUCAAGACCGUGGACGAAGUGUUUCACGACCUGCUGGAGAGCGGGGUCAGCGAGGAGCAGCUGUACGAGUCGGUGACGCGGCAGCACGUGGAGAUUGUGCUGACCGCGCACCCCACGCAGGUCAACCGCCGCACGCUGCAGCACAAGCACAGCCGCAUCGCGGCGCUGCUGACGCAGAACGACCGGCAGGAUUUGACGCAGGAGGAGCGGGACCACACGAUCGAGGAGCUGAUCAGGGAGAUCACCUCUCUGUGGCAGACCGAGGAGCUGCGGCGCCGCAAGCCCACGCCGCUGGACGAGGCGCGCGGCGGGCUGCACAUUGUGGAGCAGAGCCUGUGGUCCUCCCUGCCCAAGCUGCUGCGCCGCAUCUCAGGUGAGGCUGAUGAGCCUGCUCCACCAGUGCUGAGCCUGAUGAGGCGGGGCGUGGCGGCAUGGCGCGCGGCCGUCCGGGCGUGGCGAGCAACCACGCACGACGUGGGCUGCCUGUCCCGCUGGAUGGCUGCCGACCUGUACCUCAAAGAGGUGCUCAACCUAGCCCACGACAUUGCCAGCCGCCACCCGCACAACCACCCUGGCGUCGAGGCCGGCGCGCCGCGCCCCUCCUCGGCCUACCGCCCCGCCGCCGCCGGCGACGGCCUGCAGGGCUCCGCCAGCAACCAGGAGCUGGUGGGGCGGGGCGUGGAGGUGACGUUUGGCGACCUCAAGACGGAGGAGCUGAUGAGUCCGCCGGGCAUCGCCUCCCCCGUGGCUGGCGGCCCCUCCAGCCCACGCGCGCAGUGGCCCCAGAUGCGGGGCAGCCUGGCCGACGCCGCUGCCAAUGCGAUGAUGAAGGGCUCCCCCCGCGGCGUCACCCCCGCCACCUCGGGAUCCGCCCUGGCGCAGCAGGCGUUUGCGCCGGGGCCCGCGGCCACCGCCGCCGCCGCCGCCGCCGCGGGCGGGCCGGCCGCCGCCGCCAUGGCCAAACUGCAGAAGCUGCACCUGCCGCCGGGAGUGGCGGCCUCGGGCCUGGGCCCCGCCCCUGCCCCGCCCAUCCCCAACCAGGGCCUGCAGCGCACCGACACCGCCGGCAGGCUCCUGUCGCCUCGCUCCCUCAAGCAGCGCGGCCUGCAGGCACGGCGCCGCCGCCCCCGCCGCCGCCGCUGUGCCGCCUCCUUCCACAAGACUUCGAUCGACAACCUGCUGCACCCGCGCGGCGCGGGCGGCAACCCGUACCGCAUCGUACUGGGCGAGGAGAGCACGCGGCACACCGAGUGCCUGACCGAGGUGACGCAGCACCUGGGCCUGGGCAGCUACGGGGAGUGGGACGAGGACCGGCGCAUGGCCUUUUUGACGGCGGAGCUGGGCGGCAAGCGCCCGCUCAUCCCACCCUCCAUGCCAUUCUCGCCAGAUGCCCAGGAGGUCAUGGACACGCUCAAGGUGGCGGCGGUGCUGGGGCGGCAGUGCCUGAGCGCCUAUGUCAUUUCCAUGGCCACACGCGCCUCUGACGUCAUGGCGGUGGAGCUGCUGCAGCGGGAGGCGCGCCUCAUGGUCCUGAGCGAGAGCAACGUGUCGCGUCGGGAGCACGCCAGCCCCCCGCUGCGCGUGGUGCCUCUGUUUGAGACGCUGAACGACCUGGAGGCGAGCCGGGGGGUGAUGGACAGGCUGCUGUCCAACGAAUGGUACAGCGCCCACGUGGCGGCGGUACAUGGAAGCCAGCAGGAAGUCAUGCUGGGCUACAGUGACUCGGGCAAGGACGCGGGGCGCCUGGCUGCUGCCUGGGCGCUGUACAAGGCGCAGGAGGAGCUGGUGGCGGUGUGCGGCGAGCACGGGCUGCAGCUGACGCUGUUCCACGGCCGCGGCGGCACGGUGGGCCGCGGUGGCGGCCCCAUGCAGCUGGCCAUCCAGAGCCAGCCCCCCGGCAGCAUCCAGGGGCGGCUGCGCAUCACGGAGCAGGGGGAGAUGGUGCAGCCCAAGCGCAAGGCCAGCGGCGACGUCACCUCGCUGCGUGCCAUCCCCUGGAUCUUUGCGUGGACCCAGACCCGCCUCAUCCUGCCCUCCUGGCUGGGCGUGGGCGACGCGCUGAUGGCGGCAGUCAGCGGCGGCAAGCGCGGCGUGCUGCGCGACAUGUACGAGCACUGGCCCUUCUUCCAGUCUGUGGUGGACCUGAUUGAGAUGGUGAUGACCAAGGCAGACAUGCGCAUCGCGGCGCUGUACGACCAGGUGCUGGUGGAGGACCCGCAGGAGCGCGCGCUGGGUGACGCGCUGCGGCGCCGCUACGCCGACACCGUGUCUGCUGUGCUGAUGGUGACGGGUCACAGCCGCAUGGGCGACAACAACAACACCCUGCGGCGGCUCAUUGAGAUGCGCAACCCUCACGUGGACCCCAUCAACGUCAUGCAGGUGGAGAUCCUGCGCCGCCUGCGCCGCCAGCCCGACAACCAGCAGCUGCGGGACGCGCUGCUGCUCACCAUCAACGGCGUGGCGGCAGGCAUGCGCAACACCGGCUGA